AUGGAGUCCUCCGGCGCGACUAGAGAAUUGGUAGCAGGCAAAAAGGACGCGACCGGGGCGGCGUCGUCAUCUUCCCCCUCGCCAUCAUCAACGAACGUGUCUACAUCGAUUUCAGCCACGGCUGCUGCCAGUGCGAAGGAAGCUCAGGCAAAGUCAUCGCCCUCCUCCAAAUCCAUUGUGCACCCGGCCGGGAAGGGGCAAGCUACCGUCAGCGGGAUACUCAAGGGCUGCGAAGUGUUCAUCAAUCCCGCUCUCGACAUCGAACAGAUGGAUCGGUACUACUUUGAGGUCAGCAAGACGACCCACGUCAUCACCGCCGAUCUGGCCCACUUUGCCGACCUGCCCGCCGCCCGUGAAGCCGGCAUCCUCCUCGUCACGCCCCUUUGGUUGGAGAACUCGGUCACCUUCGGCGAACGGGAGGACGAGGAAUUCUACUCGCCCGAUCCCAGGAAGUUCUUCUCCGGCCUGUGCAUUUGCUCCUCCCAGAUAGCCGCGGAGGAGCGGGACAUGAUGUUCGCCGGCGUGGUGGCCUUUGGUGGUCGCGUCUCUGCACGCCUUAACAACAGAUGCACGCACCUCAUCAUAAACAAACCAGCUGCGGGCGCCAAGUACGAAUGGGCACGCAAGCACGGAGGAAUCAAGAUCGUGAUGCCCAAGUGGUACAACAACUCGCUCAUGUUUCGAAGGAGAGAGAAGGAGACAGAACACCUGGUGCCAGCUGAACAGGCGAUCAAGAACUUGCCAGCGGCCGCUACCGCCACCGUCUCGCGCCAAGAGCAAGCUAAAAAGGAGGCCGAAGGCAACAAGAGGGGCGGAGAAAGGAAGCCAGCUGCCGACAAAAUGGAGCGAGAUGACAACGAGGGGGAGGCGGCGGAAGCGGAGGCGAAGGGCGAUCAAGAUGGCAUGGAGAUGAUGAGCCAGUCCGAGGUCAGCCACUCGGCGAAGUGGACGAAGCCGCGGGAAGACCGGGAGGACGAAGGCUCGGAGGAGAACGCCAACGAAAGCAAGGACGAGUUCAGCCUCAUGCUGGACCACCUGCCGCGCAACAAACGCGCUCGUGACGAAGACGACGAAGGUGACGAGGAAGAUAAGAAGCAGGCGAAGGUGCGGAAGACCACUGUCGAGAAGAAAAGCGACGGCGAAGGCGAAGACAAAGGCGAAGAAGAAGAGGAGGGCAAAGGGGAUGGAGAGGCCGAGGAGGAGGAUCUGGAGGCCGAGGCCGAAGAAUGGCAAGAAGGGGCCACCACCACUACCACCGAGGGCAAGGUCCCCACUCGGCCCGAGGACAUGGAAGAGGAAAUCAAGACCUAUAUCCGCAAGAACGCGCACCGCGUAAGUGCGAGGGAGAUCCGUCUCAAAUUCAAGAUGGGCCAUCCGAGGGCGAAGCGUCUACUCAACGAGGUGAUCCAGGAGAUGAAGAAGGAGCUCAAGAAGCACGCCAAGAAGCGACAGUCCUCCAAAGACGACGAAAAGGCGUCGACGUCAGCCGACACGAAGGUGGAGUCCGGCAAGCAGGAGAAAGAGGCGCUGAAGAAGAAGACAGUGACCACGCCGAGCAAGGCGGCGACCGUGGCAGUGAAGGAGGACGUCGGGCCGAAGGUGCCGAAGGAUCAGCUGAUGAAGGGCAUGUGCGUCUUGCUCGUCGAUCUCCCGACGUCGCGCUACCGCGACGCCAUGGAGGCCGUGCGUGAGAUGGGCGGCACCACCCACCGCGGCCUAGCCGACGCGUGCAAGAUCGAAGGUGUGCAGUGGAGCAAGGCCGCCGCGACCAACAUCACCCACGUCCUCUACCUGCAGUCCAAGCCCGCCAUCGACGCUCUGAGGAAGAAGAUGGCGCUCCAUGGGCUCGCCGACGUGCAGGAGGUGUCGAUCGAGUGGAUUCAGUGGUGCGAUGUCCACGUCCGCCUGUUCCCGCCGGCGAUCUCGCCGCUGUUCCAACCGUUGCCGCACAACCCCGUACCAGGCAUGGACGAGCUGAUCAUUUCGCAAUCGAACACGCGAGGGUGGGAGCGGGAAGAGAUCGUGGCGCUGAUCUCGAAGAUGGGUGCCAAGUACAACCGCAGCAUGCCGAACGAGCCCAACGUCAUCCUCGUCAUUGCGACAGCUGACGCGGGCGCGGCCAAGAGUGAAAAGGUGGUCAUGGCCAAGGAGUGGGGCGUACCGAUCGUCACCAAGGAGUGGCUCUACGAUUGCGCGCGUAAAUGGCGCCGCAUCGACCCAGCAGCCGAGGGCUACGUAGUCUCGCUGGAGGGCCUCGAAGAAGGCGGCAAAGAGGCGGCCUCCAAGCCUGAGUCCGCCACCAGCGCAGAAGGGAAGAACAUGGACAAGGACAAGAAAAAGAGCAAGAACGAGGACGAGAAGGAGAAGAAGGGAGGGAAGAGCGGUAGCAUCAAGGAACGGCGGGAGGGAGCCGGCGAGGAAGAGCUCGAAGAAGAUGAGGAGCACGACGACCGUAAGGGCGAUGACAAGGACGAGUACGAGGAAAAGAGCCGCGGCAGCGGUAGCAAGAAAGCAGCGUCGCGCACCGUGUCCACCACGAAGCGCUGCAUCCAGUGCGGGGCCACAAAGACGCCGUGCUGGCGCAAGGGGGCCGACGGCGAGCGGUCGCUGUGCAACGCCUGCGGGCUCAAGUUCUCAGCCGAGCUGCGACGCAGGUCCAACAAGCACGACACGCGCAAGCGCAAGCACGACGGCGGCGCGCUGGACGACCUGGACGACGACGACGACAUUGACGACCUCCGUGCGCGAGCCAGCAAGCGACGCAGCCUGACGGCGAGCGGCGGCGGAACUGCGAUGGACGAUGGCGAUGAGGACAGCCUCGAUACCGUGCAGCGGCGGGUGCGGCGGAUGAUGGCCUCGCAGGACGCCAAGGGCCGCUACCACUUCGCCUUCUCCUGCCUCUCCAAGCCAGUCACCGCCCAGCUCAAGCGGAUCGUCACCAAGCUCGGCGGCACCUACAGCGAAUUGUGGGAGCCCGGUGUCACCACGCAUCUCGUCCUGGGCACGCUCCGUCGCACGGAGAAGAUGUUGUGCGCGUGCGCCUCUGGAAGCUGGGUCCUUCAGCCCUCCUACCUGUACGCCCCAAUUCUCUUCGAUUGA